AUGUGGAAAGGCAAACCCGUGAUCGGCGGCAACGUCGGCGGGAUCCGCCUUCAGAUUGAGGAUGAGGUGUCCGGAUUCCUGGUGGAUUCUCCCGAGCAGGCUGGAGAGCGCAUAGCACAACUCCUCGGCGAUCCCGAUAUGUACGCUUAUAUCGGCCGUAACGCGAAAGACCGCGUCCGUGACAAUUUCCUCUUGCCGCGCCUGCUGUAUGAUUACAUGCAAGCGGCUCAUCAAGCCGGAACUAUUGCUUGA